ACUAUGGUAACAUGAGCCGCCUACUAAAGUGAAAGUGUAUAAAUUAAAAGCGUUGUUUUUCCACUAAAAUUAUACUGGACUGGCUUUUUACCGGCUAUCAGGUUUAAGUAACGCUCGUGUGAUUUUUGCUGAUUAGGUGAGAUUGCUUCAAGAAAAUGUCAUCGCACUUUAGUGCUAAUCAGUAUGAAGAUGCAUUCAAUCCAAAAAAGUUGAUAAACUGGACCGUGCCAAGGAAACACAAAGAAAGACCUAGCACCCUGGAAGGUUUCACACAAAUCAUUGCAAAUGACCGGGGACAUUUAAAACCAGGGGUCCCAAAAUCGAAGGAGUCUCCUUGGGGGACAUUUAUGGGUACAUGGGACAUGCCACGAAACAUUCCUCCAGCCCGACCUUCCUACACAGCGAGGUCCAACAGAGCAGCUUCCAACCUUCUACAGUUUAAAGAAAGCUCACCACUCAACACUGCAGUGAAUGGAUACAAAGAGUUUGGGCCAAAAAAGUCAAUAAAGGACACAAAGAAGGAAUCACCAGUUGAAAGACCUUCAGCUCCCAGUCCCCCAAAAUCAAAGUCACCAAUUCAGGAAGCAAUUGAUCCUUCUGCUGGUGUGAAAGAGCAAGUAGAACAACGUGUUUCUUCAAGACACAGUGAAGCUCUUUCUCUUCCACCUACCCCUGUGUCUGAGAAAGCAAUUUCCCGCACCCAAUCUGUGACCUCAAUUAAAGAGAGAAUACUAACCCCUGACUCAGGGCGCCCAGAAUCAAUUGCAAGUUCAAGAUAUCAGAAAUCACCAGAAGUUGAAAUAUGUUAACAAACUUGUCCACUUUGUUAUUUUAAUGUACAGAUCCUACACAUAUUUUCACAUUAGCAAUAAUAUAAUUAUGUACAGCACUUUUUAUUAGAAACUGACAUACCUUAGGGUUAUGUAUAGUUUUAUCAACACAUAUACCUUAUCAUUCGUUGCUGUAUAAAAGUUGCUAAUGUAGUCAUUCCUCAUAUGUACAGUUAUGUCAUCUAUGUAUCCAUGUAGAUCUUCAACCCAAUAUUUUCACUGUAUUUCAAGUAGCACUUCUCUCACUCAUUGUGUUUAUGUCAGUAAAAUUUAUCAGUCUUUGUAAAA